GUUCCAUGGAAACUUCUGGAAUAAUAUUAUCAUAUUAUCAGAAGCAGCCAAAAUCUACACAACAGUGCUCUACAUUCCCACGCGCCAUGAAGGCAGCAUAGUAACUAUUACUGUUAACAAGGGAGGUGAUUUCCAUAGAAAGAAAACAGGAAGUUUUUCAUAAAACGCCAGCUCGCUCGGUGUGUUUGCGCGUUAGUUUAGCGGUUGAAACGGUCUGAAAUGGUUUUUAAUGAGUGACCGGGACCUGGACUGACAGAAUUGUUCCUUCACAAUGGUUCUCCUCCGACUAGUUUCGGUGUUCGUUUGUGUGUCGCUGUCGUCCGCGGUGAGCGUUUUAUCACGGUCGCCUCUCAACUGCCCUCGACAGGACUUGAGUUGUAGAGUCACCACAACUAACUGUAUGGACCCGUCCUGGCUGUAUGUGAAUGAGUACACUCCCAGCAGUCCCGAGGGGCUGCGUGUGACUGUGGACACCCGGGAGGACGAGACAGGCGUCCUGCAGCCGGUCCUGAUCGCUGACUGGAAGAUAAAGGAUGAGGGCAGUAUCGGUUACCUGAACGCCACCGAGCUCCAUGUUCUGGUAAUGUCCACCAACGAGAACCUGUGUGUCCGAUAUUCUUUCACGGAGAAACUGCCCAUGAGAAGUCCAUCAGGGGAGCAGUGGUCGUUCUCAGCUGACAUGGUGGUGUUGGAGCCGGGUCAGACCUACCGGGUCUCUGUCUUCAACAUCCCCAAACCAGAGCUGGGCCACAGCAGCUAUGACGUCAGCGAGGAAAUCUUCGUUCCCGAUUGUCAAGAUCCCAAAAUGCGGAUGACCCAUUAUUGCAUAGCGAGAGGCAGUCUGUGGCGGCCCUCCAUCAGCUUGGCUCAGAUCGCUGGAGCCAGGGGCAGAUCGGCGCUGGCCGUCAGCUUCACCCCUGACCCACUGUGUGACCAGUACAUGGUCAUCGUUCGCUGCUCCACCACCCCACGUACAGUCUGGGCAUACAAGGCUAAUCAGACGACCCUGAACGUAACAUUCAGCCUGGAUGAAUGGCCGAGAUCUUGCUGUCAGUUUGACGCCGAGAUCAAACCUCUUUUCCCACCGUGUCACCAGGACUGCACCCGCCGAAGGAAAACGCUGAAUAUUUGUCGUGUGAAUCCACCAGAUGCCCCCCAUGUCCCUGUGUACACAUUUGUCGUCCUGGGAGUGGGGUUCAUGUGUGUUGUGAUGGCAGUUUACGUCCUCUGCCGGAAGCCAGGUAAGCCUGGUGUUACUGCGCCACCUGUGGGCGGUGGGACAGCGUGGCAGCAGCAGCAGCAGCUCAAACAGCGUCCCAAAGUGCUGGUCAUCUACUCCCAGGACCACCGCCUCUACAGGGACGUGGUGCUGAAGCUCUGCGCCUUCCUCCGGGCCAAGUGUGGCACCAAGGUGCUGGUGGACCUGUUGGACUCCACCUCGGUCGGCAUGAUGGGCCGCCUUCGCUGGCUUGAGUGGCAACGACAGCAGCUUCAAAAUCCGUCCGAUAAAAUCCUGGUGCUGUGCUCGCAGGGCGUCCAGGCAAAGUGGAGGGCCAUGUGCGGCCAAGGGCGGGUGACGCUGAGGGAAGACCUUCUCUCCCCGACGGACGACAUGCUCACUCCCUUCCUCAACCUCUUCCUACCUGACAUGCACCAGGCAGGCAUGCUGGGUAAGUACAUGGUGGCUUACUUCGAUGACAUCAGCAGGCAAGAGGACGUGCCGUCGGUCUUUGACAUCGCGGUCAAAUACAAGCUGAUGAAGCAUUUCGAGGAGCUGUACUUCCGCAUCCUGGACAUGGAGAAGUAUCAGCCGGGUCAGGUCAACCACAUCCGGGGCAUUGGUGGGGACGAAUACUUCCAGUGUCCCUCAGGCAGAGCCCUGAGGAACGCCAUCGAAACCUUCCAGGCCUACCAGCUGGAACAUCCCGACUGGUUUGAGAAGGAGUGUGUGGCCGGUGACGAGGAGGUCCUGACGGAGGCUAACCUGCUCAUUGAGCAGCUGCACAUCCCUCCAGUCCUCCAGUGUCUUCCUCUCAUCAGAGAUGGGCCCCCCGUCUACAUCCGUGAGGUUGACAUCAGGGAAAACGGCGACAGCGUUCAUGUCCUUACACCUGAAGUGAACCCGGAGCGCGAGCGGUCCUCAUUGGCAGAGCUCACGCCAGUAGUGAACCCUCAGGGUGUGUCCAGCCUGGAGGAAGUGUUGAGCGAUCACAUGCAUCCCCACAGCCCCAGGACCCCGUCCGGCUACGUAGUGGAGCCGGUUUUGAAAAACGUGCGGCCACCGACAAGGAGCUGGCUGUCCCCCGAGGAAGAACCCUUCGGUCAGAUCCCCACUGAGGAUGAGGAAGAGGACUCCCUGCUACCUUUGAGCCAACCCUCCGCUCAUUCGGACCAGAGGAGCUCGGCCCCACACAACUCCAUGAUGGACUCACAGCCCCCAGAAUCCUCAUGCGCCAGCAUGCAGAGGGAAUAUCUCCCUCCGUCCAAAGUGGCCCCCUGUCAGCCUGAGGAGAUGGAGGAGGACGAGGUUCUGGGGCCCAGUGGAAAGGGCCCAAGCAGUGGAUCGGAUCAGGGCUACAUCUCCAAAAUGUCCUCCCAGCAUGAACUCCCUCUCAAAGAGGAUCCGCUGGAGGCUCUGAGAAGACUGCAGGAGGAGCUGUUUCAGAACAAUCCCGAAUACUCUGACAUAUGAGACCCCCUGCUAGGGCUGGGCGAUAUGGCCUAAAAAUAAAAUCCCUGAUUUAAAAAAAAAAAAAUCCGAUUUAAGAUUUAAAU